GCUGCCUGGCUGGCAUGGUGAUCCAGGGGCUUUAGCACUCAUUCAGGAUAAGUAUGUUGCUAAGGAAUAGUGCCCCAUUAUUCGUGUCAGUGGGAGGAAUAGUGCCCCAUCAUUGGUGUCAUGGGAGGAAUAGUGCCCCAUCAUUGGUGUCAGUGGGAGGAAUAGAUCCGCCCCAUUGUUGGUAUCAGUGGGAGGAAUAAGUGCCCCAUCAUUAUCAGUGGGAGGAAUAGUGCCCCAUCAUUGGUGUCAGUGGGAGGAAUAGUGCCCCAUCAUUGGUAUCAGUGGGAGGAAUAGUGCCCCAUCAUUGGUAUCAGUGGGAGGAAUAGUGCCCCAUCAUUGGUAUCAGUGGGAGGAAUAG